AUGAUUACAAUUGAAUUACAAUUUUCUAUUAAAGGUGUUAAUCUUUGGUCAAAUAAUGUACGCCUACGUGCUGGUACAGCAAAUUUUAUUGCACGUGGAAACAAACCAAAGAAAUUUUAUUUCAAUUUAGCAACUAUGUUAGUACCCGAUGAUAAAUUACGCAUCGAAUUUUAUACGAUAAAUGGGAAAAAGAAACGAAAAAAAUUGAUUGCAAUUUUUGAAUUAAUGCUUGAAUCUUUAAUCGAUUCAAAAUAUAUUGAUUUACCUGAAGAAAAUUUAUCUGAUCCAAAUAAUUGCUUAUUAUCAUCAACUGUACAACUUAAACUUUAUUAUACACCACCAGAUAUUGAUAAACAACUUGCUGUAAUUGGAAAUGAUGAUACUGCUGAAUUGAUCGAUUGGAGAAGUAUAUUUGAUGAUGAAGGACGACAUGGUGGUCAUCGAUAUAGAUAUGUUUAUUCAAAACAUAAUGAUCUAUUAACAAAAUUUCGUACGAAAUUAGUUGAUCAUGCAGAUGAUGCUGAUACUGAUACAUGUAGUGAUUCAGAUUUUGAAGUAGCUCAAGCUUCUGAAAGAAAAUUUGGAUCUGUUGAUAAAAAUGCAAAAAUAAAAAUGCAAAAUAAUGAUAUAGAAUUAUUAGAAAAAAGUUUGGGUCGAUAUGUCGGUGAUGUAUAUGAAAUGAUCGAAUGGCAACUUAUGGUACAUAUUAUACAAGCACGAGAUCUUCCAGGACUUAAUAUUAGUCCAUAUGUUAGUGUUCAAAUCGAUAAUCAAAAACGAUAUACAAGUGUGCAAAAAUCUUGUAAUUCACCAUAUUUUGGUGAAUUCUUCACAUUUGAUUUUACACUACCAGCUACCAAAUUUAUGGAAAAAGUUAUUAUUAUCAAAGUUCAUGAUGCCGUUAGAAUAAUUAGUACAUUUACAGAUACAGCACCGAUUGGAAUUUUUCGACUGGAUAUAUCAACAGUAUAUAAUGAAAAAGAACAUGCAUUUGAACGAAAAUGGGCUCAAUUGGUUAAUCCGGAAAAUAUUACAUCACCUUGUGGUCAUUUACUUCUUUCAAUAUCUGUUACACAACGUGGUGGUCCCACGAAAAAUGUUGUCAGUGAAGAAGUACAUGACAAUGAUGAAUUUAAACCAUCAAAAACUUUAAUUCCUGUAGCUAUGCAUCGACGUCUAUUUCCUAUGCAAUUAAAAAUAACUUUUUUUACUGCAACUGAAUUACCUGAAAUGAUGACUGAUUUUUUAGCAACUGUUUCAAAAAAAAUUCUUCAAUCAGACACAUGGGAACCAGUUGAUCCUUAUGUUGAAGUUACGUAUGAUGCAAUGACAGCAACAACAGAAGCUUGUAAUGGUACAACACCUGUUUGGNCCUCAACUGUUUCAAAAAAAAUUCUUCAAUCAGACACAUGGGAACCAGUUGAUCCGUAUGUUGAAGUUACGUAUGAUGCAAUGACAGCAACAACAGAAGCUUGUAAUGGUACAACACCUGUUUGGGGUGAAGCUCUUUAUUUAAUUGGACGUUUUCCACCACUUGUACGAACAAUUAAAAUAGCACUUAAAGAUCAUGCAGCUGUUCAAAAAGAUCGUAUUAUUUCAUCAUUUUUUAUUGAUCUUUUUUUAAUAAGUGAAAGUAAUCCAUCAGUUGGUUUUUUACCAACAUUAGGUCCAACAUGGAUAUUUUUAUAUGGAAGUCCAAGAGAAUAUACAAUAAAUAAAGAUAAAGAUGGUCUUAGUGAAGGAAUGGGUGAAGCUGUUUGUUAUAAAGGACGAAUACUUAUGGCUAUUGAAUCUCAUCCAAUUAUUGCAGAAAAUACACCAAACAUGAAUAUACAAAAAAAAACUGAUAUACAAUUUCCUGAAGCACAUAUAUUUCCAAUGAAACGUUCAUUUCUCUUAUUUGGUUGUAUUUAUGAUGUCAGUAUGAUUAAUAAAUCAUUUAGUAAUGGAAAAAUUUCUUUUGAAUUAAGUAUUGGUUCAAAUGGAUAUUUAAAUCCACGACAAUUAGUUGCUGCAAAUCAUAAACCUGUUUCAUCAUUAACAUGUACUUAUCGAUGUAUUUCAAUUGAUAAUAAUAGAGAUUAUUUUCGUUUACCAAUUGAUUUACAAAAACCAAUAUUAUUUACAAAAUAUAUAUUUCAUGAUUAUAUCUAUCGUAUGACAUUAUCAAAUCGUCUAAAAAACGCAUCUGCAUAUUUGUAUGAACAAAUUCGUGAAUUUGAAUUGAAAAUUAAUUCUAAAAUGUCAAAUGAAAUUCUCAUAGAAGAAUAUCGAAAAAUUCAAUAUUAUGUUCAUACCUUACCGUGUGGAUGUGCUGAACAGAUAAAAGAUCGUGAAAUUUUGGGUACUACACCUGUAGUUCAUUCGAAUUUAUAUGAAUUAUUAAAUUCUUCUCAACCAACUCUUAAAAUGAAUCAAUUAGAUAGUAAACGAUGUAAACAAAUUCUUAAUAAUAUUCAAUCAAUUAAAACUUGGAUUUCAAAAGAAAUUGUUUUUGAUGUAUCAAAACAAUAUAAAAUCAUUCAAGAAUUGAAUAAAAUAGCUCAUGCAUUUCGACAAAUGGCUACUGAUGCACAGCCGUCUUUACCUGAUAUAUUUUUUUGGAUGAUAUGUGACUCGAAACGUGUAGCUUAUGCACGUUUUCAACCUGAAGAUAUUCUUUUUAAUUUAUGUAAAGGUGAAAAAGGUUUAAAUAAUGGUCGUGUACAAACUAUUUUUCUCAAAACACCACGUUCAACAGAUAAACCAUUAGAUCCAUUAAUAAAUGCGAAAGUACAAAUCUAUCUUUGGCUUGGAAUUGAAGAACAUGAAUCAUUGAUGUUUAAACAUUUACCUGCUGGUUUUGAUAUGCCACCAUUACCAUUACAUCCUCAAUUGAAAUUUGUAACAUAUCACGAACGAACUUUUUAUGAAUUACGAUGUCAUUGUUAUAAAGCAAGAGCAUUAAAUGCUGCGGAUGCAACAGGUUUAUCAGAUCCUUAUUUAAGUAUUACAGUUGGUAAUGAAACACAAACAGCACCAAUUCUCUUUGAAUCAUUAUGUCCACAAUGGAAUGUAACAUUAGCUUUUCAAAAUUUGAUGCAUGUUGGAACUCGAGAAACAGCUGAAGAAAUUAUUGGAAAUGUUGCUGUCGAAUGUUAUGAUUAUGAUAAAGUACGUAGACAGUUUAAAAGUGAAAAAGCAUGUCAAUAG